UCAUUGAAUACUAACCCUUCAUGUGAUUUGGUUAACAUCCCUUAUAUACUAGGCUGGGAACCCAGCGUUGCCCAGUUUACUCAUAGUUUCUAUCGUCGUUUACCUGCACUUGGUCGAUUUUACCGGGAAACAAAAUUUUUGCUAUUAAAGCCGAUCCGCCCAACUCAGACUCUCAAAACCAAAAUAAGAACAUUCCCGUGGGCCUCCCGAGUUCCCCAAUCAAAAUUUGAUGCAAAUCUGUCAAGGGGUUCCUGAGUUAUGAUCGAACAUUCAAACAGACAGACCAACGUACAGAGAUUACAACUUUAUAUAUAUAUAUAGAUACGCCGUGUUAAAUAUGAUGUGUAAACAAUAUAAAGAUAUAAACAAUAAAACAGGCUUAAAGGGAUCUCAAGAACCAUUCCUUUUGACAUUCUUACCAAGCAAUAUCAAGGAUUUCAGCCAAUAUUCUCAUUUAGAAGCCAGUCUCAGAGCAUUCUACCUAGAUUCUCUCUAAUCUUCCAAUGGUCCUAAAUUUUGGACCGCUCUGCGCCCUGAUUGGUCUGCUGGGUGCCGCCGGAGCUCUGAUUGGUCGGAAGACCAAUAUCCUUCCCGCUCCCCCAUCCAUACAGCCAUAACGCCCAAUUUGGUUGAUUUUCAGAGUGAGUGCGUUGUGGACAACACAUUGAAUAUAUCAGUGCUGGUAUACUGUUCAGUUACACUGUAAACUGUGAAUUCGAAAAUCUGGAAAAAUAUGCUGGGUACAGGGCACCCUGCUGGGAUACACGGAGAUAAGGGACACUGUGAUGUAUACGGCGGGCUGGGCGGAGAUAGAGUGGGACACAUGCAGGGGGACAAGCAUAUCUACAGGGGGGUGCAGGGGGACAAGGAGAUGUACAGGGGGGUGCAGGGAGACAAGGAGAUGUAUAGAGGAAUUCAUCAUAGUAAUCAAGACUCAGAUAAACCGGGAAAACAAAAAAGACACAGGACAAGGUUUACCCCCGGCCAGCUGAAUGAGUUGGAGAGAAGCUUCGGUAAGACCCACUACCCGGACAUAUUCAUGAGAGAGGAGCUGGCCAUGAGAAUUGGUCUCACAGAGUCCAGAGUACAGGUCUGGUUUCAAAACCGUCGAGCGAAAUGGAAAAAGAAGAAGAAGGGACCUGGAGAAUCAAAUUAUAUUUACGGAGAAGAGGAGGAGGAGGAGGAGGAGGGGGAGGGGGAGAGAGAUAUAUCCGCCACGCCCCCCUCCCCUCGCACAGGAUUAGGAACCACGCCUCCCCCCCUCUCCCCGUACAACUCUGACGGCUCCUCCCCCGAGUGCCCCGCCUACCGGUACUUCCUGGGUCAGGUCCCGCCCCCUCCUCAUUACUGGGGGCAUAUGUAUCAUCAACAGCAGUAUUUCCGUCCUUCUUACUGAGUAUUAUCCAAGAAUUCAAGAUGGCCGUCAUCUUCGACGCGUGCAUGCCGCAAAAUUUAAAUCAAUUGCAAAAAUCCGGGAAAAGUUUUGGAAAUAUAUUUUUUUCUUGUGUCUAAUUUUGGGCAGCUUUGUUUUAGGUUCGUUUUUAAAACUUUUAAAGGGACAGUCAUUAUAAUUUUAAAGUUAUCCUACAUUUAAAGAGUGCGCUGCUUAAAGAUCAGGAUGGCAACAUUGUAAAAAACGAGAUAAAGUUAUUAACAGGCAAAUUACAGUAACAUUAAAAAUAAAAAA